AUGAGAAGGGCUGCCGCGCGGGCAGUUUCCCGUAGGGUUCCUCUCCCUCGACCAACCUCGACCUCGGCCAUCGCCCUGCGCUGUAUCUCAACUACACCUAGAAUGGCCCAAGCCCCCGCGAACCCAUUCUCCUCCGGUUCCCCGCCCAGCGAUGCCUUCCAAUUGCUGCCCGAGUCCAAGAAGGCCGGCGCUGCCGAAGACGAACUGUACGAAGCUCAGAUCAAGGAGGUCGAGGCAUGGUGGCAGUCGCCAAGAUACCAUGGCAUCAAGCGACCCUAUAGCGCUGCCGAUGUCGUCUCGAAGCGCGGCUCGCAACAUCAGUCGUAUCCCAGCUCCGUCAUGGCGAGAAAGCUCUUCAACCUCGUCAAGGAGCGGGAGGCCGAGGGGAAGCCCAUCCACACAAUGGGCGCCAUCGACCCCGUUCAGAUGACGCAACAAGCUCCUCAUCAGGAAGUUCUCUACAUCUCGGGCUGGGCCUGCUCCUCCCUCCUCACGUCCACCAACGAGGUGUCUCCCGACUUCGGCGACUACCCCUACAACACCGUGCCGAACCAGGUCCAGCGACUCGCCAAGGCGCAGUCGAUGCACGACCGGAAACAAUGGGACGCCCGCCGGAAGCUGAAGCCCGAGGAGCGCAUAGAGACGCCGUACGUCGAUUACCUGCGACCCAUCAUUGCCGACGGUGACACCGGCCAUGGCGGCCUGUCCGCCGUUCUUAAGCUCGCCAAGCUCUUCGCCGAGAACGGCGCCGCGGCGGUGCACUUUGAAGACCAGCUCCACGGCGGCAAGAAGUGUGGGCACCUGGCCGGCAAGGUCCUGGUGCCUAUCGGAGAGCACAUCAAUCGGCUCAACGCCGCCCGCUUCCAGUGGGACGUCAUGGGCUGCGAGAACCUCGUAAUUGCCCGCACUGACUCGGAGAGCGGUAAGCUCAUCAGCAGCGCCAUUGACGUGCGCGAUCACGAGUUCAUCCUCGGCGUCGCCGACCCGGCCAUCGAACCCCUUGCCGAGACAAUCCAGGCCAUGGAGGCCAAGGGCGCCGCCGGCGCCGAGAUCGACACUUUCGAGGCCGACUGGGUCAAGAACACCAGGCUCGUGACCUUUGACGAGGCCGCCAUCGGGCACAUGCAGAAAGAGGGCGUCUCCCAGGACAAGAUCGACGCGUACCUCGAAAGGGUGCGCUCGGACCGCGAUCUGGGCAUCUCCCAGCGCCGCAAGCUCGCCAACGAGCACACGUCGACCCCCGUCUACUUCUCAUGGGACGUCCCCCGCACCCGCGAGGGCUUCUACCACUAUCGCGCCGGCAUGGACGCCGCGACGAAGCGCGCCAUCGCUUUUGGUCCGUACGCAGACCUCUUGUGGGUCGAGACGGGCGACCCCAACGUUGAGGUCGCGUCGACGCUCGCCCGGUCCGUCCGAGGGGUGUACCCCGGCAAGGGCCUCGUCUACAACCUCAGCCCGUCAUUCAACUGGAUGGCGCAUGGCUUCACCGAUGAGACGCUCAAGAGCUUCAUCUGGGACAUUGCCAAGGAGGGCUUCGUGCUGCAGCUCAUCUCCCUCGCCGGCCUACACUCUAACGCGACUAUCACGAACGAGCUCGCUAGGGACUUUAAGAAGGACGGCAUGUUGGCCUACGUCAACACCGUCCAGAGGCGCGAGAAGGAGGGUGGCUGCGAUGUCUUGACGCAUCAGAAGUGGAGCGGCGCGGGCUACAUUGACGGCAUCUUAGGGGCGAUUCAGAGCGGCAGCUCCAGUAGCAAGAGCAUGGGUGAAGGCAACACCGAGAGCCAGUUCCAUUAG